UGAAAAAUUUACAUCUUUUCAAGCCCUUCAGUACAUUGAGACAUCUGACUCAACAGUGUAUAUGUUAUCUGCUUAUAUCAUUGAAAAGAGAAAAAGAAAAGAUCAAAAUGUCGUUAGCGUUAUUGGUUUGGAGGACAAUAAAAACAAAUACAGUGACUUUACAUGUUGUUUUCGUUCAAACAAUGGUGAAACAAUAGUCGAACACGUUCGAUCAUUAGAACAUCACGUGUUUUCGUAUGAAAACAGCCCUUUUCGUCGAGUACAAUAUACGUGUCCGCUACCAAUGAUGUCAAAAUCGCCCAAGUGGGUAUCAAUUACAACUGCGUUCAACAAAACUUGUAACAAAGAUGCGAAAUAUUAUGUCGCAGUACAAACACCAUCACAAGGUGAAUUAGCUGUAUGCACUACUGUUCUGUAUGGAUCUCUAUCUGCCAACUUGCUUUUAGAAUGGUUUGAAGUUCAACGGGUCUUAGGAGUUGACAAGGUAAUAUCGUAUACAAAAAACCUGAACGAUGAUGCGAUGAAAGUAUUGGAAUAUUAUGAGUCAUUAGGAUUAACAGAUAUCAUUCAUGUUGCUGGUUUUCCUACUAGAGAUAAGGAUAUACGAUUGAGCGAUAAUACUGACAGAGUAUGGAUAAAUCAAGAAGUUUUUGCGCUUGAUUGUCAUACACGUAUGUAUGGUUACAAGUAUGUAAUGGGAAUAGAUAGAGACGAAUUUGUCGUACCAAACAUAAGAAAAUAUGGAUUCUCUCUAAAAAGAGUACUAGAUGAACUCAUCGAUAGUUCAACUGCAGGUUUUUUAAUAAAACCAAACAUUCAUAUUACAACGAGGAAACCUUACAACGAAUCAAGCUCAUUGUUUAUAAGGAAAUAUCUUAAUGGUACUAUCCCCGUAUACGACAGACUCAAGUAUGUACAUGUGCCGAGUCGUACACACAUAGCAUCACCAAGCCUUCAUUAUUUUAAUCCGGAAGAUGGAUUCAAAAGGUAUGUAGUAUCGCCAACUGAUGUUACCCUUCAUCAUUAUAGAUCUUGUCAGAAAUACUUCGGGAAACUGUUCAACUCUGAUAGUACGAAUGAAGAAGAAAGGAAAUUAAAUAAAUAUGAUACAGCAGUCAGCACAUGCCAAACAAUUCCACAGUUCAAACAAAACGACAUUGAAAUAAUUGGCCAAAAUAUUGAAACCAGGGUAUUGAAACUCAGACAUGAGUUAAACAUAACAAAGUUACUAGUUUGAAUAGUGCACGGUGAUAAAAUACUGACCGCUCUCAUAUGGUAUGAACUGUUCAUUUAUUUAUAACUAUGAUAAAGUUUAAUUGUGUCGACAUAAUGCAUUUUUUCAAUUUUUAUACAUCUUGAGAAACAGCUGGGUUAAAGGCAAAGUGUAUACCUGUAUACAUAAUAGAAUGCCUUCAGAUUUUUUGUUAUUUCAUGUAUGGGUUCUGCUUGUAAGACUACAUAAGUAAAUAAAAUA